UGCUGGUCCCUACAGGAGAUUCAUGCCUUUGUUCAGGAGUUCCUGUCUGUGGUACAACGUUUGCCCUCAUGCAUCUCCACGCUGCAGGCUCUGUCCAGGCUGCCGCUGCCCUCCAGCUUCAGCGAGCUCCAAUACUUCUGCUGCACAAAUGAAGCCAAGUUCCUGCAGCUUAGGAGGGAGCUGGGGUUGGACGAACUUUUGAAACACUGUGAGACUGUGUGUGAGAAGCUGCGCCACCCUGACAGAGAGCUGUGCUACCAAGCCAUGGUUGGCACCCCCCUUUUCACUCAGACCGCCUUUGAAAUGUUGCAGAACCACAGCAGAAUAACUGCAGCGGUGGACAAAGUUGAGCUGCUGUGGCAGCAGGCUUUUUCCAAGGCCCAUCUGCAGCUUCAGGUCUUACAGCUGCGCCAUGGUGCGCUGCAGAUUAUUGUGAAGAUGGAAAGUCUUCAAGAAAAGCUUCGGCUUUACAAAAUGGAGAUGGCAAAGGAUUCUGCAGCGGCAGAAAUGGUGCUGUCUGAGUUUGAGGCAUCGAUUUCCACUCCUGCUAUGGCUUUGGUUCGCUCUGCUGAGGAUGUGAUCGACAUGUUAAAAGAAAUUUUACCAGUGAAAUUCCAAACCAGGGAGUGCUGGGCUCUGGGUCUAGAGAAGCUAAAGGAGGAACUUCGUUCUGCUGUGAAUUUCAUUCAUCAAACCCUCAGUGCAGUUUGCGACUACCAUAACUAUUACAACAAGGCCAACACUUGGUACAGUCUAGUCCUCAGAGACAACUUCCUCCCAGAACUCCUUUCAGGUGUUCAUGGAGAUCAACUUUCCUCUUGGCGACAGACUGAUGAUUUGAAGCCAGUCCCUGCAUGGAGACAAAGGCUUUUUACUUUCCUGAAGAAGAAUCCUCCUCCAGACAUAGAGGAGUUGCUCCAUCUGUCCAGGGCCAUUCCAGACAAUGAAGUGCAAUUGGCGUGCAGACGCCUUUCUCAGAGAUGCAUGGUCCUUAGGAUGCUCCUUCUGUCUUCUGGACCAGUGUCAGUGGAGCAGCUUCAGCUCGCCCUCAAGUGGCAAUAUGAGUUGUUGCGCACCAGCCAUGUGAAUCCAAGCCCUGAAAGUGAUGGACUGCCUAAAUGGAGCCCUUCCGAUCUGAACCACACCAAAUGCGACAACAGGCCAGAAGCGGAGAACCAUCGCGCUACAUUGGCUUCUCCUGCAGCUUUUGACCUGGUGUCACCUGCUUGGAAACAACCUUCUGCCGAUACAUUUUACCCUGGUUUAGAUAGUGUUGGGAGCACCCAGCUGGAGACUUUAGGAAGAAAAGAUGUGGAGAAUUUCCUAAAAUUAACAGGGAACUCUUAUCUAAUGAGAACUGCGCCAGGGCAGCCCGACAUCCAUGGGGAGAGCCCUUCCAGUACUUCAGAUGGUGAGCAUAACAAGAAGGAAAUCGGCUCCGGACCUGCUGAAAACCUCUCCAGCGCUAGCAUCCAGAUUAUCCCUAAAGUAGAAGCAGAAUCCUUGAACUUGGAGAUAACGGUAAAGCGCUCGGCUGCACCACAGACAAAUCCUUGGCUUAGCUUGCCAGUGGAUGACUUAGAAAAUUCCUACACUGUCACCAUUACCCCAAAGCCCACUCCCCAAAAGAAAGAGGCUUCUCAGAAGCAAAGCUCUGAGGUAAAUGUUGCUGUUGACCAGGAAAGUGGGUGUUCAGACCAGCUGGCACAGAUGGAGAUGUUGAGCUGCACAGAGCCCAGAGAACCACAGAGCACAGACUGGAUGCUGCAUGCUCACAGUGGUUUGGAGGAUCCAGAACACAGCCCUGGUUGCAACAUCCUCUCUAGCACAUUUACUGAUGGGAGAGACCGGUCCAUCUGCGGCUCAGAGGGGGUUCCUACUCUGCUCUGGGAUUCUUAUGACCUGCAUGAUGAAAAGCCAGAAGCGGACAGUGUGACGGAUACGUCACUAAUGGACUGGGAGGUAAAAGAACAAGAGAACCUAAGGGAGGUGGAGAAAUUAUUAAACAAGGCUGAUGGGAUACUAGAGGAGGAGGAGAAUGUUUUGGUUCAAGAAGCUGUGCUGGAUGCCCUGCUGAGAGCAGGGAACACAGAGGAUCUCUGGCCACUGUGGGCCAGUGAGGAACAGCUAGAUGAGGCAUCCAUUGAGCUGGCUGAAUCAAGUGUUCUUAGCUUUGACGAUUGCCUUCAGCCUGAGGGAUCUAGACUCCUCAGUGAAGUUAUGUCUCCUGAUUCUACAAGAGAAAGUGAAGCUUUUUCAGAUGAUGAUGAUGAUGAUGAAGAUGAUUAUUUGUGGACUAAAGCUGAGAAUGCUGAAGGACAUUUUGAUAACAGACGGGCCCUGGUGAAUGAGAUGAAAACUGUUCAUGAUGCCCUUGAUCAAAUGAUCAAAGAGAACCUCAAUAUCCAUGAUCUGAGACCAUACCAGGAAGGCUUACACAACCCACCCACCGAGAGCACACCUCUUACUUCACAACGUGUAUCGGUUGCAAACACAGAAAGGGGAGCCUUCUCGUUGCAACUGGAAAGUGAGAAACGAGAAGUAAGGAGUUCGGUUGAAGCACCAGAAGGUAAAGACGGCGCUCAACAGUCUGGGAGGUAUUUUGUUACAGACCAGUCUGAAACGGACAGCAGCGAGAGCGGGGAGCCCACUGAUGAGCAGUGCGAAGGGCCAGACGGUGGGUGGAAGGCUGCCAUGAACCCUCAGGCAACAGAUGUUUUUGAAGAGAAACCAUCACGAUCUCAGGGUCAUGUUGGUCCCUCUGAUUGUGAACUGUCCUUUUGCAACACUGGUAGAGUGUCUAGUUUCUGUGAUUUGAAGGAAUCAUCUGUGGUUGUCCAGCCUCUAAUUAUUUGUGGGAAAUACUUGCAUGAAAGUACUCCAUGCAUUGGCGAAAACACAUUAACCUCUGGACUGGUGCCACAUGGAGAGGUUGAUCCAGGAGGAAAUCCAGUCCUACCUGUAACUGAGCCAGAAACUGGUUCACUUCCUGUCAACAGUCCACCAGCUCAACACGAAAAUCCUCCAGCUCCACAGGUGUGUGGACCAGGUUCAUCUCUACUGGCCCAAGAUCCUGCUUAUACCCAACAGGAUUUAAAGGCUGAGGCUCUUGGUGGUGGUUUGGAGAGAGUAAUAAUAGAUGACGGGAAGAAUAUUUUCAAUCCAAAUGUAAAGGAACACAAUAAGAACAAUAAUAACCUUUCACUGCAUGGAAAUGGUAACGGGGAACCUUCAGAAAUGACUAAUGUUGAUGAAAAGGAUCCCUCCAUGGUGCCUGUUGGGUUACUACAGACAGAUAUGGAGCAAACUAAGGCAGACCUGCAAUCUGUACUUAAAAAUGGUCCCAAUCAGCCACUGGAGUUUGACCCAAGUGGAACAGAAGAGCUGACUGAUGGGGUCCAGAGCUCUGACUCCAUGAGAAUGUCCGACCGUGUGGCACAGAGGAUCCAGACUGCGUUAUGGGAGGACAACAUAGAGAUUGCAGAUUUCAAUAUCCCUGUAGUGCUGGAUAUAGGCUCUGGUUUGAUGAAAGCGGGAUUGGCAAAUCAACACCAACCAAACAUUACGUUCCCAACAAUAACAGGAGAGCCAAAAUAUGAGGUUAUAAUGAAUGGGACCUUGGAGAGGGAGAUCUAUGUUGGUGAUGAUGCUCAACAAAUGAGGGGGGUUCUGACUUUAAAGCACCCCAUAAAGAAUGGGAUAAUUUGCAACUGGGACGACAUGGAAAAAAUCUGGCAGCACACAUUCCAGCAGCUGCCGGUGGAUCCUCGAGACCACCCAGUUCUGUUGACUGAGAAAGCCAUGAACCCCUUGGAGAACCGGCAGCGCAUGGUGGAGAUCAUGUUUGAGCAUUUCGGUGUUCCCUUUGCCUACGUGGCCAUGCAAGCAGUGCUUGCAUUGUAUGCAGUAGGGAGAACCACUGGUGUGGUGUUUGACUCUGGAGAAGGAGUGAGUCACAGUGUGCCUGUGUUUGAGGGCUACAGUCUACCUCAUGCAGUCCAGCGCUUCCCUUUGGCUGGGUUAGAUGUUACGCUGCAGCUUAAAAAGCUUCUGCAGGAACAGGGUGUCUGUAUGCAUACAACGGCCGAAGACCAAAUUGUCAGGGAGAUGAAGGAGAAGUGCUGUUGUGUUUCAUUAAAUUAUGAAGCCGAACUGAACCCAGAGAGGUCAUCCUGCAGAGAAAUGCAUUACACCAUGCCGGAUGGCCAGAUCAUUACCCUUGGCACAGAGAGAUUCAGGGCACCUGAGAUUCUGUUUAAACCUGAGAUGAUUGGACGGGAGCAUUACGGAAUGCAUGAGAACAUUUUCAAGUCAAUCUUUAGGUCAGAUAUUGACCUUCGGCGCUCCUUCCUGGGCAACAUUGUUCUUUCAGGUGGGAAUACUCUACUGCCAGGCUUGCCAGAGCGGCUCCAGGCUGAGAUUAAGAACCUGGUGCCAGCCGACAUGGGAGUGAAGGUUUGCGUAACCAGCCCCAAAGACAGAGACUUCUUGGUGUGGAGUGGAGGAGCGGUUCUGGCCAACCUGCCCAACUUCGGCUCUGCAUGGAUCAGCCAGGGCGAGUAUGAGGAGUAUGGACCGCAAAUUGUCUUCAGGAAGUGUUUUUGAGACACCUGAGUAUUGCACUUAAUAAAUCACUUUUGACGCUUUGAAACUAUGAGCUUCUCUGAGCCAUUAGGAGCCUUAAAGUAUGUCUGUGUGUCUCAGUCUUACUCCAGCCAUCAGUGUGACCUAUAGGUCUGUACUUAGAGUGUGUGUGUGUGUGUGUGUGUGUGUAAGCAUUUGGAUUUUUGGAGCUGCGUUGUGCUUUAAACUUCCCUAGAUGUAAAGGUGGAUAUUUUGCCAUGUUGGCUGUGAGUAAAAUGUUGUUUUUUAUGUCUUUUUUAUAUUUUCUAAAUGUGUUUCAAGGUUAAUAUGUGUAUGUUUGGAGUUCACGAAGGGGAAGUAAAGCUGGCCUUCAGUUUUCUGACUCCAACCACCUUGUGUUUUAAAACUAUUUUUUAAACUCAAUGUUUUGUGUGUAAGAUGGGGUAAAAAUUGGUCAAUGCAGCAGUACUCCUGUUCAGCUUGCAGUCAUUGUCAUGAAGGAUAACUACUUUUCUGUAAAAUGUGUUGACAUACUCUCAAAUGUGUAGUUGUUUCUGGCAGCUUGUUCAUCCCAUGUGUUCCAGGUGAAAACAGUAGAACCGAGUUGGUGUUUUUAUUAACUGGAGAAAAAUAGCUAAGCUGACUCGGUUACAGCUGGUUUGGAUAAUAAAAUCAUUAGAGGACUCAACAUUACCAGUCAUGCGUCUGCUUUCUAUUCCAAAGUUCAAAAGUAUCUUUUUGCUUUUUAAUGCUCUGCAUUUUGAUACUAAAUCCUUUGUGGUGUUGGAUGUUUUUUUUUUUUUUUUUUUUUUGAUAGGGGCUUUGUAUUUAUUUCAUAUAAUUUUGACCUGAUGUCAUUUAUGCAUGAGUUGCUGCAUGUUUAAGUGUUGUCUUGUGAGUGGUCUUCAGAAGUUUGUUUUUUUCAUGUCACUUAAAGUUCCAGCUGUGGAGUGCAAACAUUGUGGGACUUUGCUGAUGGACGUACACUGUGAGCCGUUUUACAGGAAAGUGUUUAUCUGUUUAAUCUGUUACUGUCAGGUAGCCAAACCAAUCUCAGAAGUAACAAACUGAACUAAAUUGAAUAAUUCUCACCCCAGUCAUGUUUGUCCCAUCAGUUUUUUUUAAAUAAAUACUUUAUUCAUA